AUGCGACGAAAUUGGAGAGGUCGUUAUAGAAACAAUUGGUACCGCGGAAAUAAUCGCCGAAAAGCCACUUCUGAGAGUAGUAGCUCAAAGAGUUUUGACAAUUCUUCAGGCUCAGUUUUAAAUUCCAGUGCUUCAAGAGCCCCAGCUGCACAGUUACCAAUUGUUAUACCUAUUUACUCCAAUAAAGAUGUAUGGAAACUAUACUUUCCCAUGGAAGAUCAACAAGCAAAAGCCGAUAUGUCUGAAAAUAUUGAUUGUUUCAAACAAUUUAUACAAAAGAAUAGAAGUUUAUUUGAUUUAGAAAAAAUUGAUCAAACUCGAAGUGUGGCACUGGACAUGCAAUGUUUAUUAAGUGAUUCUGAAUUUAGUACUAAGUGGUCCACGUUUCAAGCUGAUUUGUUUGAGAAACCAGAAAGGACCCUACGUCUUUUAGAAUAUUGUUUCCAUGAGACAUUUAAAUGUGAAGCCAAAAUAAAAGUUAGAAUAUUGAACCAUGAGCCAGUUAUUCCAAUAGCAAAUCUCAAAGUUAAUUAUUUUGGGAAACUGGUCACAAUUAAAGGAACUGUUAUAAAAGUUGGUAGUGUCGGCUUAAUUUGUAAUGCAAUGGCAUUUGAGUGUUCAAGUUGUCAUAGUGUACAAGCUGUAAUGCAACCCCAGGGUGUAUUUACAGCCCCAAACUUUUGUCAGAGCUGUAAAAGCGGCUACAAAUUUGAACCACUUCAAUCAUCUCCAUUCACUAACACUAAUGACUGGCAAGUUGCCAAGAUACAAGAAAUACAAUCACAGAGUUUGUCCGGGACUAUUCCGAGGACAGUGGAAAUUGAACUCCAAGGUGAUUUAGUGGGCAGUGCAUGCCCUGGUGAUGUUCUGUCUGUAACAGGAAUUGUACAGGUUCGUGGUGAGAGCAAGGGUGGUGAAGAUGGUCGUAGAGCUGCAAGAUUAUUACAGUUAUAUAUUGAAGCGGUAUCUAUUCACAGCCAAAGGAAUCUGAGCAAUCCUACAUUGACGUUCACUAUAAAAGAUUAUUACGCUAUCCAGGAAAUUCAUGCCUCGGAAGACGUAUUUCGACUCCUAGUGCACUCUUUAUGUCCAUCUAUAUUCGGCCACGAAGCGGUUAAGGCUGGUUUACUUUUGGGACUAUUUGGAGGAACUGAGUAUGAUCAUGGCACCAGGUCAAAUCCACACAUACUAAUAGUGGGAGAUCCGGGUUUGGGAAAGUCUCAACUGCUGCAAGCGGCUGCACAUGCUGCGCCUAGAGGAGUUUAUGUAUGCGGUUCUUCUGCAUCAGCUGGUGGUCUAACGGUGGCCCUGGGUCGAGAGGCCGGCGGGGACUUCGCCCUGGAGGCCGGGGCUCUUGUGCUGGCCGAUAAAGGAGUAUGCUGUGUAGAUGAACUAGAUAAAAUGAGCGCACAUCACAGUAGUUUGCUUGAGGCCAUGGAACAGCGACGUGUGAGUGUCGCUAAAGGUGGAGUGGUUUGCAGUCUACCAGCUCGAGCCACGGUAUUAGCAGCUGCUAACCCAGCAGCCGGAUCGUACAAUAGGGCUAAAACGGUGUCUGAGAAUUUGAAACUAAAUUCAGCCUUACUAUCAAGAUUCGAUCUAGUUUUUAUAUUGCUGGACCAACCUGAUGAGAAAAUUGACGCUAUGCUGUCUGAACAUGUGUUGGCUCUUCAUUCAGGAUCUAAAAGUAAAAGAAAACAGGGUGGAACCAGUCAACUAAAUGCUGUAAAUUCAAGUCAAACAGAAACAGACGUGCCUUUAAGUCAAAGAUUACGUCUCAAAUCUGGCGAAGUAAUUGAUACAUUACCGCUAGUACUGCUCCGAAAAUAUAUAGCGUAUGCAAGAAGAUACGUCCAUCCGAAAUUAAGUUCGGAGGCAGCAAAUAUUCUACAAGAUUUCUAUUUAGAACUCAGGAACAAUCAUCAGAGUGUUUACAAUGACGGCGCUCCUAUCACCACCAGGCAACUCGAGGCGUGCAUACGAUUGACACAGGCACGAGCCAGAGUCAAUUUAAGAGAGGAAGCUACAGCCCAAGAUGCUCUUGAUGUAAUAAGUCUCGUUAAACACAGUUUAAUGGACACGUUCAGUGAUGAAUUCGGAAAUAUACAACUAUCGCGAUCUAUUAACGGAUCGGGAGUCAGUUCACGAAAUAAGGUUAAGAAGUUCUUAGAAGUGCUAACAAGAAGAUCCCACCAAUUAAAAAAAGAUGUUUUUAGUCGUCAAGAACUAAUACAGAUACACAAAGCUGCUGGAGUCGCUGGCGACGCGAACGAUCUCAUUGAAGCUAUGCAUAUACAUUCCUAUCUCUUGCUAAAAGGAUCUAAUAUGUAUCAAUUAGUAGCUAUUUAA